AGCAAGAGAUACAGAAUGAGAGGAACAAGUUUGAACAAUCAAUAGCAUCUAUGCAGAGCGAAAUACAGGACAUGAAGAAUGCUUUGGAAAAAGCCAUGAUGGAAAAAGAAAAUCUGGAUGAAAUUAAGACAAGAUUAGCAGAGGAAAGAAAACAAUGUAGAAUGAUUGUUGAAGAAACAAACCAGCAGAAGAAUGCCUUGAAGAAGAUGUCUGCUGAAAUAGAAAUGCAAAAGCAAGUCAAUGAGACAUACAAAGCUCUUCUUGAACAAGAGAAAAUGAGCUUGAAAAGAAAAAGUUGGAUUUGGAGGAAAGAGAAAUGGAAUUGCAACUGCAAAUCAGAAGUCAGUUGGAAAAAGAAAAAGUGACAAACUGGCAAUGGAAGAACAGCAAAACACAUUGGAAAAAGAAAUGAGUAAAGUCACCCAACAAAAUGAUGAGGUCCUUGACAAUCCUGACAAUCUUCAAGAAGAGAUCCAAACAGAAAGAGAUCAAACAGAGGAAAUCAUAAACAACAUGUUAAAAGACAAUCUGCUACUUAAUGAAAGGGAGAUGGAAAUGGAUGACCAAAAGAAAAUGUUGGAGGAGAAUUUGAUCAAAAUUACAAAGGAUAGAGCAAGUUUGGAAAAGCUGAAUUUAGAACUUCAAGUGCAAGUACAACCAAUAGAAAUCAGUGAGAUGAAUCAGAAAGAGAGAGAGCGCCUUUCUUUUUUGACAAGUGAGCUACUAAAACAACAAGAAGAACUAGAAAAUGCUCUGGACACUCUGAAAGCCAUGAGGAAAAAAAUGGAGGAAAACCAGAUUAAACUUGAGAAAGAAAAAGAGGAAUUUGAGUUAAGGAAAAAACUGAUUGUUUUUCAAGAAAAACAAGUGCAAAAGCAAAGCGAAGAACUUGCUGCAGUUUUGCUUGUUGUACAAAAGGAAAAAGUAGAACCUGAAUUUCAGACUAGAAAAUAUACACAGACAGUUGAACUCGGAUUAAGUCAGACGCUUCUUGAUGAUGUAGAUACAACACCCUUAUUCGUAUCAGCAUUGAACGUCCGUGAGACACAAGAUACCAGAAUCCAACCGGAUAUGGAGCAGUUGUUGAUGACCGAGCAAGAUGCUGAAGCAGACGUCAAAACAACAAAGGCUGAAUCGAAGGACUUGAAACAAAGGGAGUUAAUUGAAAAUGCAAAAGAGCUACAACAAACAAUAAAUAAGUUAAGGGAAGAAAAGAGGAAUAUGACUGGAAAUGUACUGUUUCAAAGGCAAAAUCUUGAGCAGUUAAAUGCAGAAAUAAUUAGGGUGAAAAAUGAUUUGGACAUCGAAGCUGAAUUGCUACGCAGCAAACAUGCCGAAUUGGAUGAAAUCGAAUCUAAAAUUCAAAGACAAAAAGUUCUAGUGGAAACUAUUUUUGUUGGCACUGAUAUGCCUAUUCAAAUCAGACAAAACGGGAACAAAGUAGACAAUCAGACACAGACAAGUGAAUAUGACACUCUACUGGCAGACAUUGUACUAGCAGUUUCUACAGAAGAAAAAUCUAAACCUGCUUCUGCAAAAGAACUCGCAAGAAAUGAAACCGAUAUCCAAGCUGAAACACUCGAAACGGAGCAGACGAAGUGUGAAAUGACAAAAGCGAAACUGCCAAACAUGCAAAUGGUGCUACAGCAAGACAAAACUGAACUACAGCGAUAUAAAACGGCACUGGAUGAAGAAGCAUCUGUAAUGGAAACAAAGUAUUGA